GGAGCAGCCGGGGGCCAGCAGCCCCGCCGCCGCGGCUCCCGAACCCCCGCUCCUCGGCACCCCGGCCAGGAUGGCUCCUCGGAUCUAACCAGGGAGGCCAGAGCAGCAUUGGAGAUCCCUGUCCAAGUGAUGGUGGGACCAGGAUAGAGGAGCUACCACGAGGAUGUCUGGAGCCAAGACGCUGAGCUCCUCUUGCCUCAUGCUUUCCUUGCUCUCUUUGCACUGGGCUUUGCUCCAGCUGGGCCAGGCUUUUCCCAGCACCUCCGACUACCUCCAGCGGGGCUGGCAGAGGCUGCUGGAGGAAGGGGAGGGCUGUGCCGAGUGCCAGCCGGAGGAGUGCCCCGCGCCGCGCGGCUGCCUGGCUGGCACGGUGCGGGAUGCCUGCGACUGCUGCUGGGAGUGUGCCAACCUGGAGGGGCAGAUCUGCGACCUGGACAACACCAACUACUUCUAUGGCAAGUGCGGGGAGCACAUGGAGUGCCGUCUGGAGGCUGGGGACCUGAGGCACGGGGAGGUGCCCGAGCCGCAGUGUGUGUGCCUCUCCCGCCUGGCGCUCUGCGGCUCCGACGGCAAAACCUACGCCCAGAUCUGCAGGUUCCUGGAGGUUGCCCGUGCCCACCCUGAUGCCAACCUCACCGUGGCCCACAAGGGUCCCUGCGAGUCAGAGCCACAGAUCACCUCUCCUCCCUAUGACACAUGGAACAUCACUGGGCAGGACGUCAUCUUUGGCUGUGAGGUCUUUGCCUACCCCAUGGCAUCCAUCGAGUGGAGGAAGGAUGGCACGGAGAUGCUGCUGCCUGGAGAUGAUCCCCACAUCUCUGUCCAGUUCAGAGGCGGCCCGCAGAGAUACGAAGUGACGGGCUGGCUGCAGAUCCAGGGCGUGCGGGUGACGGACGAAGGCACCUACCGCUGCUUCGCCAGGAACAGGGUGGGCGAGGUGGUGGCAUUGGCCAGCCUGACCGUCUUCACACCGGAUCAGCUCAACCUGACGGGCUUUUCCCUGCCGAAGCCCCACACAACGCCUGAGGACUAUGGGGAGAGUGAGGAGGACUAUUACUAACCAGGAGACUGGAUGUCCAGCUGCAGAGACCGUCUUGCCCAUGGUGGCCACUCAUGGGGUUUGGGGACAUCUUUCGAGCAAGCACCCCCCAGCCCAAAACUCCUUCUCUGAACAGUCCUGGCACAGCAGCGUCUUUUUUUUUUGGGUUGGGAGACAGGGUGACACAUCCCUUUGCUGGGGUUGCUCAGAGAGGGGACACUGGCUGGUUGGUGGCAGAAGUUUGGGACUGGAGGCAGCUCCGGCUGGGGCAGACUGGCUCUGCCCUCCAGUGUCAACUGGCGACAUGAUGGCAGGUAAGACUCUGUGAGGACAGCCAUGCCAUGUGUGACAGGGACUUGGUGCUGAGGGUGAAGACAGCCUCCCCCAGGAGAGGAGGGCCAGGGCAGGGACAUCUCUGCCCCACACAAAGCAUUUUAGGGAAACCAGAGCAGAGGGCUCGGACCUGACCAUGACACCCGACGUGUCACCCCUGGGGCGGAUCUGUGUCCCCUGAGCACGGGGGCCGUUAGGCCUCUCGCCAGGCCGUGGGGAAAACUGCUGCCAAAACAUCCUUCUUUCCUGGUUUGUUUUUAACUGGAAAAGUAGUGAUUUGAGGAAACCAGACACUUGUGGUUUUCAGUGCUGUCUUUUCUCUGGCCCAACCACCCAUGUGGCCAGAAACACUUUGGCCUUUUGUGCUUUCUUUUCCUUACUU